AUGGACCAAUUGAAAAAUCAAAUUCCAACCACAGCUGAGGAGCUUCAACAUUAUUUGGAAUUGGCAAAGUCCAAACUCACGACAAACUGGGACCAAUUGACUGACUUGUUUGAGCAUCAUACACACGAGUUGACAAUUGACAAUGUGUUGAGUGACUUUAAAAAUUUCAAUGUCAACCCUGUUACAGUGUCUUUGACGUUGAUUUCGGUAACCACAUUGAUCCUUUUGGGCAAGGUGUUUGGCUCUAGUUCAAGUGAACACCACGAGGCGAGUGAAAAAAAGCACAAGAAGAAAAGUGGAAAGAAGAAGUUGAGCAGAGCGCAAAGGGCCAACAAGGAGAUUCAGGAGAUUUUGGACUACGUCGAACUGGAAUAUGUACCAGAAAUAGACAAGUAUAUUGAAAACUACCAAACUUUAUCCAAAGAUGAGCUUGACAAUAAAUUUAAAUUCUAUGACGAAAUGUUAUUGAAAGAAUUGGUCAAGUUGGAUGGAAUUGAUGUCACUGGGAACGAUAUCCUCAGAGAGAAUAGAAAGAAAGUUAUCAAGUUUAUUCAAGAUCAUCAAAAGAGAUUAGACAAGUUCAAGAAAGAUAUUAGUGUAUAG